AUGAGAUUCCACAAUAUUGUCCCAGUCAACGCUGUUGCUUCGGAGGAGAGUGGUGGGUCAAACGGUGCAAGUGUUUCUCCAGCUGAUUAUGAAGAUUCAUCAUUGAGCAACGGAUAUUGCCUUCCUCCACCAGAGAUUAGAGAUAUUGUUGACGCUCCACCCCUUCCAGCACUAUCAUUCUCACCUCAUAGGGAUAAAAUUCUAUUUCUCAAGAGGAGAUCUUUACCUCCUUUGUCAGAAUUAGCAAGACCAGAGGAGAAGCUUGCUGGUGUUCGAAUUGAUGGAAAAUGCAAUUGCCGGAGUCGCAUGUCAUACUAUACUGGUAUAGGGAUCUACCAUUUAAUGGAUGAUUGUACUCUAGGCCCAGAGAAGGAGAUACACGGCCUUCCAGAUGGUGCUAAAAUUAAUUUUGUUAGCUGGUCGAAUGAUGGUCGGUAUCUAUCCUUUAGUGUACGAAUUGAUGAGGAGGAUGGCAUUAGUAGCAUGCUAAGAGUAUGGGUUGCAGACGUGGAAACAGGAAAAGCUAGGCCACUCUUUGAGUCAUCAGAUAUGUUCCUAAAUGCAGUUUUUGACAACUUUGUUUGGGUUAACAACUCAACUCUAUUGGUUUGCACCAUUCCUUUUUCUCGCGGAGACCCCCCAAAGAAACCUCUAGUUCCCUCUGGUCCUAAGAUACAAUCUAACGAACAAAAGGACAUCAUUCAAGCCAGAACUUAUCAGGAUCUUCUUAAAGAUGAAUAUGAUGAAAGCUUAUUUGAGUACUAUGCCACUUCACAACUGGUUUUGGUAUCUUUGGAUGGGACGGUAAAGCCGGUUGGACCACCAGCUAUAUAUACAUCUUUGGAUCCCUCUCCAGAUGAGAAAUACAUUUUGAUUUCUUCAAUUCACAGACCGUAUUCAUUUAUUGUACCGUGUGGAAGAUUUCCAAAAAAAGUUGAUGUUUGGACAGCUGAUGGGAAAUUUGUUAGAGAACUUUGUGAUUUGCCCCUUGCUGAGGACAUCCCCAUUACACACAAUAGUGUUCGUAGAGGGAUGCGCUCAAUUAAUUGGAGAGCAGAUAAGCCUUCUACACUUGUCUGGGUUGAGACACAAGAUGGCGGUGAUGCCAAAAUGGAAGUCUCUCCACGUGAUAUAGUUUAUACACAGCCUGCCGAGUUACUUGCUAGUGAACAACCAGCAGUUCUGCAUAAGCUUGAUUUGCGCUAUGGAGGGAUCUCUUGGUGUGAUGAUUCGCUGGCAUUAAUUUAUGAAUCUUGGUAUAAAACACGGAAAAUAAGAACAUGGGUUAUUUCACCUGGAUCGAAGGAUGUGAGUCCCCGCAUACUAUUUGAUCGGUCUUCUGAAGAUGUUUAUUCUGAUCCCGGCUCUCCCAUGCUGCGAAGAACUCCUGCUGGCACUUAUGUGAUUGCAAAGAUAAAGAAGGAAGGUGAUCAAGGAACCUAUUUGUUAUUGAAUGGAAGUGGUGCUACUCCACAAGGAAAUAUCCCAUUUUUGGAUUUAUUUGAUAUAAAUACAAGCAAUAAAGAACGAAUAUGGGAGAGUGACAAGGAGAAGUACUAUGAGACUGUUGUUGCUCUGAUGUCUGAUCAGAAUGAAGGGGAACUAUAUGUUGAUCAGUUAAAAGUAUUGACUUCAAAAGAAUCUAAAACUGAAAACACCCAGUAUUUCAUACUGAGCUGGCCAGGAAAGAAAGCAUGCCAAAUUACGAAUUUCCCUCAUCCUUAUCCUCAGUUGUCUUCCUUGAAGAAAGAAAUGAUCAGGUACGAGAGGAAGGAUGGGGUACAGCUUACCGCAACCCUAUAUCUUCCACCAGAUUAUGAUCCUACUAGAGAUGGACCCCUUCCAUGUCUGGUGUGGUCUUACCCUGGAGAGUUCAAAAGUAAAGAUGCAGCUGGACAAGUCCGUGGUUCCCCAAAUGAGUUUGCUGGCAUUGGUCCAACAUCUCCUCUUCUUUGGCUAGCAAGAAGGUUUGCCAUCUUAUCUGGACCAACUAUACCAAUCAUUGGUGAGGGUAAUGAAGAGGCAAAUGAUAGGUAUGUGGAGCAACUAGUUGGAAGUGCAGAGGCAGCAGUGGAGGAAGUCAUCCGUCGGGGAGUGGCUCAUCCAAACAAAAUUUCCAUAGGCGGUCAUUCCUAUGGGGCUUUCAUGACCGCGAACCUCCUAGCACAUGCACCUCAUCUUUUCUGUUGCGGAAUUGCACGCUCAGGAGCAUAUAAUAGAACGCUUACACCUUUUGGGUUUCAGAAUGAGGACAGGACACUUUGGGAGGCUACUUCUACCUAUGUUGAGAUGAGCCCUUUCAUGUCAGCCAAUAAAAUUAAGAAGCCUAUCUUGCUUAUCCAUGGAGAAGAAGACAACAAUUCUGGAACCUUGACAAUGCAGUCCGAUCGCUUCUUUAAUGCUUUGAAAGGUCAUGGUGCACUUUGUCGCAUGGUUAUUCUUCCCUUUGAGAGUCAUGGUUAUGCAGCACGAGAGAGUGUCAUGCAUGUUCUCUGGGAGACUGACAGGUGGCUACACAAAUACUGUGUAGCAAAUUCAUCAGAUGUUAGCGAAAAUUUGGAUGCACAUAAAGAUGAUGCAAGUAUAGGCACAGUAGAUACAGACGGCAAAGCUGUCUUCAUUGUGAACGGGAAGGUCAUUAGAUGGAAGUGCAGAAUCAAUCCCCAAUGUGUGCAUGAAUCCAUUCUCCUGCUUCAAUCUAUGAAGGAUAUAUGA